UAUGCAUUCAUCGUGUGGAAAGUUUGUCGCAAAAUCCUUCCGUACACGCUGAAAUUUGCAGUCGAACGCAGGGAGAUGGCACGUUAGAGGGCGACGGCGCCGGGCACCCACUUGGUUCUUUCAUUGGUUCAACCGACUCGAGGCAUCCCCUCGCUGGACACUUUAGCGUCCGUUGCACUGGUUCAAUGUUGGAUGAUUGCGGCCUCCCAUGCUGCUGCGGCCCAGUCAUAUCAUUGGUCGUGUCCAAGGUAGAAUCCGACUCUGUAGUAAAUAGGGGUCUCUUGCUUAACUGGUCGUUGAUGAUAUGGAGUACGUGCGAAGACAACGAGGACCGUCCCUUGGAUCGUGCUGACCGGGUAAGCCAGGACCAAGGGGUGAGGAAAGGGCAAAUGAGAGGCAUAGGCGUGGGGCACCGAGGGAUGGGCAGACGUGAAGGAUGGGUCGGAAAAGCGACGAUUGCGGCAACCAGAGAGAGACGUCGAAAUCAGUGGGUGAGAUUUGUGGAUGUAAGUGUGCGCAAUCGUGGCCUCGUCUGCAAUGGCAUUGGCCACAUCCGACUGUGCCGCCUAGUCGCUGCAUAACCAUGGCUAUGCGGGGGGUCGUAUUCUAUUGAAAAUCAGGUUCAUAAGUGAUCUCAUGACUGACCGACGACGUGCAAGGCAAGGCAAGACGGCAAGCUUGGCGAGGGUGCGAGAAAUGCUGCAGGGUGGAAUGGGCUGAAGGGAUGAGACGAUCAUAGUGACUUUGAUCAGACGUACAAU